AUGACUUCUCCGAGUACGGACAGCUCCGGCAAGAGCCUGCAGUACCGAGUGGAUCAUCUGCUGAGCGCCGUGGAGAACGAACUGCAGGCGGGCAGCGAGAAGGGAGACCCCACCGAGAGGGAGCUGCGAGUCACCCUGGAGGACAGCGAGCUGUGGCUGCGCUUCAAGGAGCUCACCAACGAGAUGAUCGUCACCAAAAACGGCAGGCGCAUGUUCCCGGUGCUGAAGGCGAGCGUGUCCGGCCUCGACCCCAACGCCAUGUACUCCUUCCUGCUGGACUUCGUGGCGGCCGACAACCACCGCUGGAAGUACGUGAACGGCGAGUGGGUGCCGGGCGGCAAGCCUGAGCCGCAGGCCCCGAGCUGCGUCUACAUCCACCCGGACUCGCCCAACUUCGGCGCGCACUGGAUGAAGGCCCCGGUUUCCUUCAGCAAGGUCAAACUCACCAAUAAGCUCAACGGAGGAGGCCAGAUCAUGUUGAACUCCUUGCACAAAUAUGAGCCUAGAAUUCAUAUAGUGAGAGUUGGUGGGCCUCAGCGGAUGAUCACCAGCCAUUCUUUCCCGGAGACCCAAUUUAUAGCUGUGACAGCUUACCAAAAUGAAGAGAUAACAGCUUUAAAAAUUAAGUACAAUCCAUUCGCGAAAGCAUUUCUUGAUGCAAAAGAAAGAAGUGAUCACAAAGAUAUGAUGGAAGAAAUGGGUGACGGUCAGCAGUCAGGGUAUUCACAAUUAGGUGGUUGGCUGAUUCCUGGAACAGGAACACUGUGUCCUCCUGCCAAUUCUCACCCACAGUUUGGAGCAUCUCUGUCACUCUCCCCUGCUCACAGUUGUGAAAGGUAUUCAUCACUGAGGAAUCACCGCCCUGCCCCUUAUCCAAACCCAUAUACCCAUAGAACCAAUUCUCCAACAUCCUAUGGUGACAGUUCCUCAGCUUGCCUUUCUAUGCUCCAGACCCACGACAAUUGGUCCAGCUUAGGAGUCCCAGCCCCAACAAGUAUGUUGCCUAUGAGUCACAGCACCGGUCCACCAACUAGCUCCAGCCAGUAUCCCAACUUGUGGUCUGUGAGCAACAGCACCAUUUCACCUGUGUCCCAGUCCAGUGGGAUGUCCAGUGGGAUAGGGUCCCAGUUUUUGCGAGGCUCUGCUACUCACUACCCAACGCUUCCUCAUUCAGUCUCCACCACUUCCACGGGAUCUCCACUGUAUGACAGUGGGACGCCUACAGACAUUGCCGACAGUCAGUAUGAUACUUCAGUGCAUGCUAGACUUGCUCCCACCUGGACUCCCGUCACAACUCCUUCUAUGUAG